AUGUCGAGAUCUCGUAAACGGUCAGCGCCCGCUGACGGCGACGAUCAGACCGAGGAUAGUCCAGAGUCCUCGCCUCCCCGCCGCGCAUCAAACAAGAGGAGGCGCACGAGCGACGAGUCCUCCGUACCUCAGGACACCUUCAGCGACCAAGAUGGCCGUGGGAGCACUCCGCCGUCCGGCGUCGACUCUGAUGAGGAGGAGGACGAAGAAAUACUCAUGCAUAUGACCCAGGCUCUGGAAGCACGAAAGGAGCGCGGAGAACUCAUCAACGAACCCGCCGAGUACGGCAUUUUGGAAGAGGUCCAGGUCAUCAAUUUUAUGUGCCAUAAAGGCUUUGCCUUUAAACUCGGUCCGUUGAUCAACUUCAUCUGCGGCAAGAAUGGGAGCGGCAAAAGUGCCAUACUCACCGCCAUCAUCCUGUGCUUGGGAGGGAAAGCAUCGGCGACCAACAGAGGUGCUCGCCUGCAGAAUUUCAUCAAGGAAGGAGAAGACCAUGCCACCAUCCUCUGCAAAAUCAAGAAUCAGGGCGAGAAUGCCUACAUGCCCGAACUCUACGGAGCGACCAUUCAGGUCGAACGUCACAUCCAGCGCAACGGCAGCAGCGGCUUCAAGCUCAAAUCUGAAAGAGGCCGUGUGAUUUCGACCCGAAAGUCCGACCUCGAGGAGAUCUGCGACCACAUGAUGUUGCAGAUUGAGAAUCCCUUGGCUGUCCUGUCUCAAGACCAGGCGCGCCAGUUCCUUUCGGGCUCGAGUCCAACCGAGAAGUACAAGUUCUUCAUGAAGGGCGUUCAGCUUGAACAACUCGAUCAGGACUACCGUCUCAUCGAAGAGCAGCUCGACAACAUCAGUGCCAGAAUCCGUGAAAGGGAGCCGGAUCUCAAGGUGCUCAAGGACAGGCAUGAGCGAGCAGCGACGAAGUUGGCCAUAGCCGAAAAGCAUGAGGGCAUGCGAUCCAAGUUGCGCGAGCAAACCCGGCAGCUCACCUGGGCCCAAGUCGCGGCCAAGGAGGAUAUCCGCGACGAGUACCUCGAGGAGAUCCGGAAAACAGACGAAAGGAUAGUCGCUGCCCGGGCCAAGGCCGAGGAGCUCGACAUUGUCUUUCAGCAGUCCGAUCAAGCUCUGUCUGUGGCAAAGGAGGAAUAUGAAGCUGCAAAGGCAGAAGUUGACCGCCUCAAGGCUGAGAAAGCCGAAGAGAAGGCGCAAUAUGAGGAAAUCAAAAAGAGCUGCGCAGACGCCCAAGCCGAGCAGCGUCAAAUUGGUUCCCACAUCAAGGCCACCGAGCAGAACAUUGCCAAGAGGAAGGAGGCCAUCAGCCAGGAGGAGCACAGACUGGCAGACCUCGAUGGCGGUGGUGCCGCCCGUCGCAUUGCUGAACGCAAUCUCGCGGAAGAGGCAGUCAUGACCCUGAAGCAGAAGCAGCAUGAGCACUCCGAGCGGAGACAAUCCUGCGUCGACGACGUUGCUCGGAUGCAAAAGCUGCUGGAUGAGAGCGCCCAGGCGAAGAAGCAAGAGGACGCCAGAGUAUCCGAGCUGGAAAACCUGAUCAAAUCACUCAAGGAAAACCGCGAUUCACAAGAUUUAGCUCUACACAGGAACAUGCGGGUCUUGCUACAAGCGAUACAGCAGGAACGGGGAUUCCAAGAACGUCCUGUAGGUCCGAUCGCAAAACAUGUCAGACUACUGAAACCGGAGUGGUCUGCGAUACUCGAAACAGUCUUUGGUAAGGCGCUUGCCGGUUUCAUUGUUACCAGCAAGCGAGACGAGACUCUACUGAGCAGCAUUAUGCGACGAAAUGGUUGCGGCGAUCUGCCCAUCUUUAUCACCAACCACUCGCCGCUAGAUGUCGAGUCACAUCUGCCGGAUGCUCAUUACCAGACAAUUUUGAGUGCGUUGGAAAUCGACCACGAGCUAGUCAAAAAGCAGCUCAUCAUCGCCAAUCAAAUCGAACAGUCCAUUCUGAUUCCUGACGUAUUCGAGGCCACGCAGAUCCUCCGCAAUGGUGGCACACCUUUACCGCGCGUUCGAAGAUGCUACUGCCUAGGUCAAAAGAUCAAGGAAAAAGGUUUCAUGCUGUCUUAUCGCGGCGGGACAGUGGCCCAAGAUCCGACACAUGGUUGGACGAAAGCUCCCAGGAUGAAGACCGACGUCGGAGAGAACAUUCGCUUGCAGGAACGAACCCUCGAGGAACGCAAGGCUGAGCGUCUUCGCGCCGAGCAGGAAUUCAGUAGCGCGCGCAACCGGCAUCUGAAGGCGAAGCAAGCCCUCAAAGCUCAUGAUAACCACACGGCGGAACUUCGUAUUCAAGUACAGAAAGCGGAAGACAGGGUUGAGCAACUGGAGGAUGCUAUCCGAGACGACCAUUCUGAAAGUGGAAAGCUCGAGCAGCUGCGUCAAGAAUUACGAAAGGCUGAGGAUGAAUUGAAAGUCCACGAGAACUCUUUUGAAGACUCGGUUGCUGAACUCGACGAGUUGAAAAAGAAGCUCCGCGCGGCGCGCGACAAAUGCGACCAAGUCGACGACCGGAUCCAAUCAGCUAAUGGAGUCGCCGAGAAGGCGAAAGAAGCAGCUCAGGCCGCCAGCCGGAAACGUGAGUAUGACCUGUACGAAAAGAACAAUGCCUUUGCCGUCACUGAGGAAGGUCAGAGCGACCGUGGCUCGCUAGAGCGGAGGUUAAAAGAGAUCGAGGACCAUGUCGCCAGUUUCACAGAGCAAGCCCGGGCUGUGUGUGAGCGGGUCAAUCUCCCUGAAGGAGAGACUUAUGACAGCCUGAAGAGGAAGCACGAAAAGCUGAGGGCAGAAUAUGAGAAGUGGAAGAAGCAAGUCGGCGACCCGGCCGAGUUGGCUGCGGAAGCUUCGAAGUGCUCCAAGGCGUUUCGGAAAGCUGAGGACGACAUGCAGACUCUGGAAUCGCUACAGGAACAACUCCGAAGGACGCUCACGAAUAGGAAGAUGCGGUGGGAACGGUUCCGGCAGCACAUCACCGCUCGGUCGAGGGCAGGCUUCAUCAUGAAGCUGAGCGAAAGAGGCUUUCGAGGGAAAUUGCACGUGGACCAUGUGAAGAAAGUCAUGGACAUUGCGGUCGAACCCGACAUCACUAGACGAAGCGGAGAAGGUCGAAGUGCAAAGACUCUUUCCGGAGGCGAGAAGUCCUUCUCUCAGAUCUGUCUCUUGCUGUCGAUCUGGGAGGCCAUGGGUGUUCCUAUUCGCUGUCUCGACGAGUUUGACGUGUUCAUGGAUGCGGUAAACAGGAACACCAGCGUCAAAUUGUUGAUCGAUGGGGCAAGACACAGCACGAGCGGGCAGUUUAUUCUGAUCAGUCCUGGCACGCAAUCUGACAUUCCCAUCGCCGACGAUGUCAACAGAGUCGAGUAA